AGAGUACUGUCACAAAUGUCAAAAUAAUUUGAGUCCAACAUAACCUCACACACUAAUUUGUAAAUAAUCCAUUAAAAAAAAAAACUAAAUGAGUAAAAAAACACCAAAAAGACCUUCACUAGACUUAAACCUUAAUACAGGCUUUUCAUCAGUAACAUUACACAAGAGCCCUGCCGCACAAUCUCCCCAAAAAAACCUCACAGGACCCCCUCGGGUGAUCCGAGACAUUAUAGCUGAUCUAUACAAUAAUAUCCAGAGAUGGAAUUCUUUACAUAUAAAAGGCUGCAGUAUAGUUAAGGAGAUAGCAUCAGUAAAAGCUGAUACCCCAAAAACUUACUCGACUAGAUUAGAAGAAUGUAUCACCUCUUUAUAUGCUGUGGUUGAAGGUUUGAAAAUCAACAAUGAUGUGUUUAGCAAACUCGUUACUCAAGUGUAUGCAUUUGGUAGGCUACCAAAUAUUGAUGAUACAGUAUUUUUUUCAUUAAGUGCAUCGAAUAUUGCCGAGAGGUGUGUUGAAGUCUGUGAAGCUUACAAGAAAGAAUUUCAGGCCAAACAAUAUAUUUUAGAGAAUAUUGCCUAUACAAGAACUACCAAUGAUGUCAUGUUCCUUGCCGCCUACUGGACACACCAACUCAAUAUCACUGAUAAGGUUAAUUUUGUGUUAAAAUCGUUGUUGGUUGAAUCUGGCCAUAGGCCUGUGCAAUAAAACCAGUAUUCUAUUUUACAAAAAAAA